CCUGCUGUUCGCAUUUUCACCAGCGCUAACUUCUAAAAGGCAUUGCAAACGCUCGGUCUUGUCAACAAUCGCUCGCUUUUAUGACCCGCUUGGUCUUAUUGGUCCGAUUAUUUCAAAGGCAAAGAUAUUUCUUCAGCAACUUUGGAGGGAAAGGCUCGAUUGGGAUGAAAGCUUACCUACAUCAUUGGAUUCAGCGUGGAGUAGCUUGUGUGCCGAUCUUGGACGCGUAUCAAAACUUAAAUGUCCUCGGUUGUCAAUCCUUCCAAAGGGUGUUGUCGAGGUUCAUGGCUUCAGCGAUGCCAGCGUCGAUGCGUAUGGAGCUUGUUUAUACGUAGUAUCCGGUAAUGAGGAACAGAAGCAGGUGAAUUUACUUUGCUCGAAGUCGCGUAUAGCGCCUCUCAAGACUCCCACAGUACCUAAGCUGGAGCUCUGCGGUGCGGCAUUACUGGCCCAGCUCAUUCACGAGGUGGCUAAAAUGGAACAUUUUACAUGCUCUUUUUAUUGUUGGUCGGAUCAGCAGUCGCGCUAUCAUGGAUCCAUGACGAACCAUCAAGGUUCCAGGUUUUCGCAGCUAAUCGCAUAAGCACCAUUCAAGAGUUGACGGCAGGGAUGGAGUGGCGCUAUGUGCCCACCAAGCUUAAUCCCGCUGAUAUUCUUUCUAGAGGUGCAUCCCCUAGU